UUCGAAACUGUUUAGCGAUGAAAAGUGUGUGGUUUAAAUUGAUUUCAUACAUAAAAUAGAAUAGACGAUACUUAACUAGGAGAUUAUAGUUAAAGCAAGUAAAACGUUGACAAAAUGCCAUAUUUGACUGACGAAAUCCUUAAAGGAUUUGAUAAUUAUAAGUACUCUGCGAGGGAUACAAGUCCAUUGAGUAUAUACAUCAUGCAUCCCUUUUGGAAUUUUUUGGUUGAGUACUUUCCAAGGUGGGUAGCUCCAAACUUGAUGACAUUCGUUGGAUUUCUGCUGACAACAUUAAAUUUUGUUGUUCUAUCGUACUAUGACUGGGACUUUUUUGCUCAAACACAUGACGAGCCGAGGAUUCCUCAAUGGGUUUGGUUGAUGGCUGCUAUUAAUAUAUUUCUAGCAUACACAUUAGACGGAAUCGAUGGCAAGCAAGCACGAAGAAUAAACUUAAGCGGUCCGUUGGGAGAAUUUUUUGAUCAUGCUUUAGAUUCCUAUACUGCAUCACUCAUUCCUGUCUGUUUAUAUUCCGUAUUUGGACGAGGUGCAAACUUUUCUGCUGAACCAAUGAGAUUUUAUUUUGUGAUCCUUAAUGUUACCAUCAACUUCCAUAUUUCUCACUGGGAAAAAUACAACACUGGGGUUCUUUAUUUGCCGUGGGGUUACGAUCUUGGAAUGUGGGGGAGCACGCUUAUGUACUUAGCAACAUAUAUAUUAGGACCAAAUAUAUGGAAAUAUCAUUUCACAUCAGGCGGAUUAACUUGCGGACACUUUUUAGAAUUGGUUUUACAUAUCAGCGCAUUAUCAAAUAUUCCGAUGGUGUUCUAUAACCUUUACAGAUCGUACGCUGAUAAAACAGGACACAUGCGUAAUUUUUACGAAUGCGUUAAACCGCUGAUUCCAUUAUCAAUAUUUCUUUUCAUUACAUUAAUGUGGCUAAAUUUCUCACCCACUGAUAUUAUUAAUAAUGAUACACGUGCCGUCUAUUUAUUAACUGGAACAGUUCUCAGCAAUAUAAGUUGUCGUCUAAUUGUUGCUCAAAUGAGUAAUACAAGUUGUGAGACAAUCAAUUGGAUUACACCUUAUUUGGCAGCAUCAUUUUGCCUAUCACUUGUAAUUCCCAGACUUGAGAGAUUAUUAUUAUAUUCUAUGCUGAUUUUUUCAACUCUAACUCAUUGGCAGUAUGGCAAAAAUGUCGUCCAUGAGUUAUGUGAACAUUUUAAUAGAAUCUGCUUUGGAGUUACUAAACGAACGGAAAAAGAAUAGUCAAAACGAACAAAAGCAAUCUCGUUAUACCAAAAACUUAUCACCAAAGUUCUCUUAUUUGAUUUAUUGUGAGCUGAAACUCAAAUUUUCCUAAAGUCAAAGACUUAAGACUAGC